CCUCUCCACUCAACUAAUCGACGUCCCGACUGCUUGCCGUUCGGAUUGCCUCUCCGGUCCAAUCCUAUCUAUCGGUGGGCUUGUGGAGGCCACAAAAGUUCUAGAUCUGUUGUCUCUUCAGCAAUCUCUCAAGAUUCAGUCCCUCCGAGACCAGUAUCUACUGAAAAUCCAUUCUUACCGGAGUCUGCUUCUCAUCCGGCUACACAAAACUCCUCCUCGUCCACGAUUACUAGUCAAAGCAAUGAUACAAUCGCCUUGGUUUCCUCCAGUGCCCCAACUUCUACUGACCCUUGGCUCUGCCAAUCCGUUUUGAACGAUUUUAUCUCCUCGCCUUCAGCGAAAGCCCUCACUGGAACUAAUCCCUGUCUUCCUGACUCCACUCAUCGAGAUUCGGGAUGCCGAGCAAUUGAGGGCUCGACCCUGGCUGAAGGUUUGCUUCCUCUGCCGGACCUGCCUCCAGGGCUCCAUAAUGGCAUGUCCAUAAUGAGCUCUAGGUCUAACGCUACUCGGUUUGGACAGGUGGAGAGCUAUUUCCUAAAAUAUUGCUAUUAUUCAAGUUAUAUAAAUACCUCUAUUUUAAAAUCUGCUUUCCACAGGUAG